AUGAGACCCACCGAAUUAGGAAGAGUCGAGGAGCUGCAAAGCGACAGCUACCAGGAAGAUUUCUGCGACUGCCACGUCUGCGCACUCCAAAACACAUUUAUACGACACAUUGCGCCACUGUUUGUUGCUGGCCUGCUGUUGCCUCCGGUGCUGCUUGCCGUUGUUGGUGCAAGGAUGUACUGCUGGUUUUACGACGAGUGGAAUCUUGGCCGAUCUGUUCGCAAGUCACGGCCCAGCGACGAUGGAAGCCGGUACGAGGACAAGAGCGUGGUUUCCGACCCGUUUGCGGACCCCACAGAUGGUUCAGGUGCCGACACUGGCAUCGAGGCGCGCUGGGAUGCGCACUGUCGCGUGCAAGAGGGCAUGUCUCGGUGGUCAGGUCGUGCUCUGAUUGGUCUGUUUGCGCAGGCGUGUUUGGGGAUGGUUGUUGCACUUGCUCUGACACAUCGGCGCUGA